GCCUGGUUGGUUGUGCAAAUCGCCACCAGCGCAAGGCAAUCAGAUCUCUUCGCUGAUCUCGUCUCGACAUCCGCCGGCUCCCAACCAAGCCCACCGCUUUUACUGGUACCGAGGCGGUCCUCCGCAUUUAUCGACCCCCCCCCCUUCACUGUUCCAUUGCUCCCGCAUCGGCUGUGCUGCCCCAAAUGUCUCAGUUUACCGACGUCCACGAAUCGGUCCUGUAUCCGAUCUAUGACGCUUUCGAUUCCGGCAACCCAAAGCAGGCCCACCAGCUCUGUCUCAAGGCACUCAAGAAGAAGCCCAACGCACUAAUUCUUAAGGGCCUCAAAGCUAUUGCUCUCGAUCGCCUUGGCAAACCCGAGGAGGCCUACGAGGCGUGCGAGGACAUCAAGAAAGCCGGCGUCACCGACGAGGCCGUUCUACAAACCGCCCUGAUGGUAUACCGAUCCCAGAACAAGAAUCAGGACAUCCUGGAGCUCUACGAGAAGGCCGCGCAGCUCGAUCCCAGAAACGAAGAGCUCGCCAACCAUUGGUAUAUGGCGAUUGUGCGGUGCAAUGAUCCCAAGAGCCAGCAGCAGGCGGCCCUGAAGCUCCACAAGCAGUUCAAGAAGGACAAGUACCAGCUUUGGGCCAUCAUGUGCUUGUACUUGCAGGCUCCCCAAAACCCCCUGUUGUACUCGCUUGCCGAGCGCAUGGCCGAGCGGGCGUUGCAAGAAAAGAAAAUCAAGGACUAUGAAGGCCUCCAGCUCUAUACUAUGAUCCUGACCGCCCAGAACAAGCACCAGGAGGCUGCCGCCUUGGUCCAGGGUCCGGCUGGCGCCCUCUGCAAGGUGGCAUCGGAACGCAAGCGACUCGAGGUUGAGCUACUCAAGCCCCUGGGCGAUUGGAAGCGGAUCUAUACCCUCAGCCGCGAACUUCUCACCGAAAACAUCGAUGACUGGGGCUGUUAUCUUGACAUGGUCGAAUAUGCAGCCCAUGUGAAGCAGCAGGACGAUACCAGCCAAGCAUCGUCUGUGGCCGCAGAAGUCCUGGAGUUUAUCAAGCAGCAACAAACCGUUGCUUCCAAAGCCAAGCGCACGCCACGCGGCCCGUAUUUGGCCGAACUGGCCUACCAUCACCGACUCCUGGCUGACCUUGGCGCUUCAGGCUCGUCCAAGAUCCAGGAGCUCGUGUUGGAGUACUUCCAGCGGUUUGGCUCCACCCAGGCGUUUUUCGAGGACGUCUGUCCGUACAUUGGCUCCGUGGACUCGAGCGACCGACCCGCCUUUGUGCAGGGCCUGGAGCAAGCCAUCCAGCCGGGAGGCAAACCCAUCGAUGCAAUCAAACAGAGAGUCAACCUCAAGAAGAUCGAGAACAACCUUGCCGUCCACGACACAGUCGAGGCCAAGCUCGAGUUUGUGAACCAGCUUGCAUCGCUCUAUCAGGACACGCUGCCCCACGGCGUCGAUUUGAAAGAAACAGAGAACCAGUACGGCGACGACUUUCUCGUGCUGGCCGCCCAUGUCCUCAUCGACCUCUUCACAGCCAACCGAGAGGCGUUUGGCUUCCUCUUCCGAGCCAUUUCUCUGCUCGAGUGCGGACUGCUCGCCAGCAAAUUCAACUUUCAAAUGAAGCUGCUCCUCGUCCGCUUGUAUCGCGAAGUUGGUGCCAUCGAGCGAUGCAUGGAGGUCGCCACCAAUCUCAACGUCAAGCAGAUCCAAAAUGACACCAUAAGCUACUUCUUUACGGACGACAUUGAAACCCUGGGAACCUACUCGCAGGCCAUGCCUGCUCUGCUCCGAGGCGCCACGAUCUAUACCUCCAAUGAGCGCGAGACCCCAGAGAUGAUCGUCAAGGCGUACCAAUUUGGCACCUUUAGCAAGAUACCCGAAUUCCUCAAGUUCCAGGAUCGAUUGGCAAACUCGCUCCAGCGCCGCAUCUUCAAGUUGCAGACGCUCCGCGUCGAGCUCAUCCGGCGAUCGCUUGACUGCGAGGAGCUUGCAAGCGUCUUGGAGGAAGUCACCGGCGAACUCCCGACGACAGAGGAAAUCGCAAGGCUCUCCGACAAUCGCGACAAGACACUGAUGUCUAACUGGAGCAACUUGCAAGGCUCCAUUUCCUCCCACCUUGCCGAUGAACCUGUACCUAGACCCAGGGAAAGCUGGAUCAAGCUCUACUCGGCGGUCCUGUGGAUUCUCAAGAGCAUGGUCACUGCCAAUGUCGACGCCGUCGCGGCAAGCAUCCCCGCCCUCGCGGAAUGUGUCGCAAGGAAACCCGAGCUGGUCAUCAGCGAGGAAUCGAGCGCAGAGAUUCUUCUAAAGGCCACCAAGAUCUUCCAGCAAGUGGCAUCUGGCAUCGAGGAUGAUGCCCUCGAAGGCUCAAUCGAAUCAGCGUUUUCCCAGAUCGAUGAGAUGCUGGCCCUUUUGCGCACUCGUUUCGACUAUCCUGUCGUCACAGGCGAGUCGCUCACUCUCACCUCGUUGGUGCUGGAGGCCCUCAACUACGUUGCCAUCGUCCAUUCGUCGCUCGUCAACGUCCACAAGGCCAAGAAGGGCAAGGCCAAGCCUCAGCAGCCCAAGGGCCUUGCUCAGCUCAAAGAAAAGCUCGGAGUGCGCAUCAAGUCGCUGACGGCCAUCAUGGAUGGCGCCAAGAAGGAGACCAAGAAACGCGAUGCCGCAACCUUGGCAGAUCUUUUCUUUGAAGCCAAUCCCGAGAAGGAUUUCAAGAAUAUGAAUGGCGUCUACACCAAGAUCGUCUCGGAGACCCCCAAGAGCUACAUCUCUUUCUUUGAGCACAUUGUCAAGGAAGCCAAGCGACGAAUUUGAGAGCCGGCAGCACAAAUCUGUGAUUCAGGGGCGAGGAAAUGUGUGCACCAUAGAGCCCCUUGAAGCAGGGCGCAGCGUCCAUUGUCGCCAUUCACCCACCCGCUUGCAAAUGACUGUAUCGCACACUCGCUCAGAGUGCGACAGGUUGCAAAGUGCAAAACACCAUCGUCGCUCAGACAACCCAGCGAGUCG